AUGCCGAUUGAGAAUUCGAAUGGAGAUAUCUAUUACGGGGAACUAACAAUUGGUACACCGGGGCAACGUUUCACAGUCGUGUUUGAUACCGGAAGCAGUGAUCUAUGGGUGCCAUCUGGAAAUUGGCCGGGAACGAAGCCUCACAAUCUUUACGAUGCGCAAAGAUCAAGCACUUACAAACCAAACGGAUCAAAUGUAGAACUCAAGUACGGGCAAGGUUCUCUCACAGGCUUUCUAAGCAUUGACACUGUCGAUGUUGGUGGAAUUACAAUAACUGAUCAGUACUUCACAGAGGCUCGUUCUACUCCGGAAGGGGACCGAUUUCGCACGGCAACCUUUGAUGGGGUAUUUGGACUUGGGAGUCUUCAAAUUUCUACGACAAAAACUAGUCCUGUCUGGGAUUCGAUGAUGCAACAAGAAAAGAUUGAAAAUAAAAUAUUCUCCAUAUGGUAUGGGAGGUCUAACGACGCUGGAGAAGGAGGAGAGAUAGUGUUCGGAGGCACAAACCCAGCUCAUUAUACGGGAGAGCACGUUUACGUCACCGUGGACAAGGCUGAACACUAUUUCCAAAUGACAAACAUAUUCGUCGGAACCAUAGACACUAAUAAAUGCUCUACAGGCUGCUAUGCUAUGAUCAAGGUCAUUAAUGAUAUAAUCAAUGCAGAAGAAGAUUGCUCAAAUUACGACAACCUGCCUGAUGUAACCUUUACAAUAGAAGAAAGGAGUUACUCAGUCAGUCCACUUGAUUAUAUACGUAAGGAUACGACAAAAAAUGUCUGCACAAGUAGAUUCAAGAACAACGAUAAUUUCUGGGUACUUGGCAUGCCAUUCAUACGAGCCUUUCAUACGGUUUAUGACUACGAGAAACUACCAACUGUGAGAGUUGGCUUUGCUAAGUCGGUUUAG